UAGAAGGGAAAUCAGUCUUUCUCUGGUCGUGGCAGUUUCAGGUCACAAUAAUCAACUUGAUAUUCCGGUAGGCACAAAGUGUCAAGUGUAAAGUAAACAAUAUGUGUGACGACGAUGCUGGAGGUCUUGUAGUUGAUAAUGGAUCCGGAAUGGUCAAGGCCGGGUUUGCUGGUGAUGAUGCACCACGCUCCGUGUUUCCCUCGAUCGUUGGUCGUCCCCGCCAUCAAGGUGUGAUGGUCGGUAUGGGUAACAAGGAUGCGUACGUCGGCGAUGAAGCCCAAUCCAAACGUGGUAUUCUUACUCUGAAAUACCCGAUCGAGCAUGGAAUCAUCACCAACUGGGAUGAUAUGGAAAAGGUUUGGCAUCACACCUUCUACAAUGAGCUGCGUGUGGCUCCAGAGGAACACCCAAUUUUGCUGACUGAAGCACCGCUGAACCCGAAGGCUAACCGUGAAAAGAUGACACAGAUCAUGUUUGAAACCUUCAACUCACCUGCCAUGUACGUUGCCAUCCAGGCUGUUCUGUCCCUAUACGCUUCCGGUCGUACCACCGGUAUCGUUCUGGAUUCUGGAGAUGGAGUUUCCCACACGGUUCCAAUCUACGAAGGUUAUGCUCUGCCACACGCCAUCCUCCGUCUGGAUUUGGCCGGUCGUGAUUUGACCGCGUACCUUAUGAAGAUCCUGACUGAACGCGGUUACUCCUUUACCACCACCGCUGAGCGUGAAAUUGUUCGCGAUGUUAAAGAGAAGCUGUGUUACGUUGCUCUUGAUUUCGAGCAGGAAAUGGCUACUGCUGCUGCUUCUACCUCGUUGGAGAAAUCUUAUGAACUUCCUGACGGUCAGGUCAUCACCAUCGGCAACGAGCGUUUCCGUGCCCCAGAGGCGUUGUUCCAACCAUCCUUCCUGGGUAUGGAAGCUGCUGGUGUUCACGAGACUGUGUAUAACUCGAUCAUGAAGUGCGAUGUCGAUAUCCGUAAGGACUUAUACGCCAAUACUGUCAUGUCCGGUGGUACCACCAUGUAUCCAGGUAUCGCUGAUCGUAUGCAGAAGGAAAUUACUGCACUGGCCCCAUCGACUAUUAAGAUCAAGAUCAUCGCACCUCCAGAACGCAAAUACUCCGUCUGGAUCGGUGGAUCUAUCUUGGCUUCCCUGUCUACCUUCCAGUCGAUGUGGAUCUCCAAGGAAGAAUACGACGAAGCCGGACCAUCAAUUGUCCACCGCAAGUGUUUCUAAGUACUUGAUGAGCAGCUGCAAAGCUACCGUUUAUGAGUGUCAGCGACAAAGAAAGCUUCUAUCAUUCUCUUAUGUCCUCAUCGUGCGACGUCAUCUCAUUUGUAAUCAAUAAUUUUUUGAAAUAAAUAUAUUUGAGUUUUCUCAUUGCACACUA